AUGAAUGUGGAGAUGCAGGUGUGUGCCCGUCAUCGGAGGAUCGUUCUGUUGUUCGGAGAAUGCAUAGAAGGGCUGCGGGAAAAUGACUACCUUCUGAUUCAUUCGUGCCGUCAGUGGACCACUAUCACUGCCCACAGCCUGGAGGAGGGGCACUACGUCAUUGGGCCAAAGAUAGAGAUUCCGGUACAUUAUGCAGGGCAAUUCAAGCUGCUGGAACAAGACCGGGAUAUAAAGGAGCCAGUGCAAUAUUUCAACAGUGUGGAGGAGGUGGCUAAAGCAUUUCCUGAACGCGUGUACGUCAUGGAGGAAAUAACAUUCAACGUGAAGGUUGCCUCGGGUGAGUGCAACGAGGACACCGAAGUUUACAACAUCACCCUCUGUACUGGGGAUGAACUCACUCUAAUGGGGCAGGCAGAAAUCUUGUAUGCAAAGACUUUCAAAGAAAAGUCACGACUCAACACAAUCUUCAAAAAGAUUGGGAAACUCAAUUCCAUCAGUAAGCUGGGCAAAGGCAAAAUGCCCUGCCUCAUUUGCAUGAAUCACCGGACCAAUGAAAGCAUUAGCCUUCCAUUCCAGUGCAAGGGCAGAUUUAGCACCCGGAGUCCCCUGGAGCUUCAGAUGCAGGAGGGCGAACACACCAUCCGCAACAUUGUGGAGAAAACCAGGCUCCCCGUGAAUGUGACUGUGCCCAGCCCUCCCCCCAGGAACCCCUACGACCUCCACUUCAUCCGUGAGGGGCAUCGCUACAAGUUUGUGAACAUCCAGACCAAGACAGUGGUGGUUUGCUGUGUGCUGCGGAACAACAAGAUCCUCCCCAUGCACUUCCCUUUGCACUUGACCGUCCCCAAGUUUAGCCUCCCAGAACACUUGGUGAAGGGAGAAGUGUGGCCCGAAACCCUGGUCCAUCACUGGCUGGGUAUCUGCCAGGAACAGUUCGACAUCGAUGAGUAUUCCCGGGCUGUCCGAGACGUGAAAACUGACUGGAAUGAGGACUGCAAGAGCCCCAAGAAGGGCCGGUGCUCUGGCCACAACCACGUGCCCAAUUCGCUUAGCUACGCUCGCGAUGAGCUCACCCAGUCCUUCCACCGGCUCUCCGUCUGUGUGUAUGGCAACAAUCUCCAUGGCAACAGCGAGGUGAACCUUCAUGGCUGCAGGGACCUAGGGGGAGAGUGGGCCCCCUUUCCUCAUGACAUCCUGCCCUACCAGGACCUGGGUGACAGUGGGAGCGACUACCUUUUCCCGGAAGCCAGUGAGGAGUCAGCAGGCAUCGCAGGCAAGUCAGAACUCCCGUACGAAGAGCUCUGGCUGGAGGACGGCAAGCCCAGCCAGCAGCCCCUCACUCGUUCCCUGAGCGAGGAGAGCAGAUGCGAUCAGCCCAGAGGUUCUGUCCGGUCCAAGUGCGCAGCCUCUCCUCUUCCUGCCCCCGGAGCUCUGGGAGCGGCAGUGAAGUCUUCAGAGAUCGCCCUACCUCCGCCUCCAGUGCCUCCCAAAUCUGAAGCCGUCAGGGAAGAGUGCCGGCUCCUGAACGCCCCUCCUGUUCCACCCCGAAGCGCAAAGCCUUUGUCCACAAGCCCCUCCGUCCCUCCUCGUGCAGCCAAGCCAGCGCGGCAGCAGACUCGCUCUCCCAGCCCCACCUUGUCCUACUAUUCUUCAGGGCUGCACGACAUCAGCGUUCCUAAAAGUGACACCGGGCCUUCUGAGAGUGCUCCCGUGUCCUGCUAUCCCUGUAACCGAGCGAAAGCCGAUUCCGUGGACCCCAAGUCCCCGACGGGCAGUCCUUCUGCUGAAACCCUUUCCUCCAGGCUCUCGUGGCCCAACCACUAUUCGGGAGCGUCGGAGAGCCAGAGCAGGGGGGACUUCCUGCCGGGGCCAAGCAGGAGUUACAGUUACCCCAGACAGAAGACGCCAGGCACACCAAAGAGAAACUGCCCAGCACCCUUUGAUUUUGACAGCCAUGAGCUCUCGGCCAGCCCCCCCGGCUCGGUCACUUCAGAAUUCAGUGGCGGCGUCUCUGCCUGUCCCAAGUCAGCCAGCUACUCUGUGGAGAGCACAGAUGCGAAAACGCUGGCCGCGGACACAAGCAAGCAGAGUAUCUCGUGCCCUGCCUUACCCCCCAGGGCCCCAAAACCGGUGGAAGAGAAAGCCGCCUCGGACACUUCUCCUUUGCCUCUGAAAAUUGAUGGUGCUGAGGAAGACCCCAAGUCCGGGUCACCGGACCUCUCCGAGGACCAGUACUUUGUUAAAAAGGGCAUGCAGGACAUCUUCUCCGUCUCCUACCCUUUCUCGUCUCCGCUUCACCUCCAGCUGGCCCCCAGGUCCUGUGGCGAUGGCUCCCCGUGGCAGCCACCCGCUGACCUGUCGGGACUCUCUAUAGAGGAAGUGUCCAAGUCGUUACGGUUUAUCGGUUUGUCUGAAGAUGUCAUAUCGUUCUUUGUUAACGAAAAGAUCGACGGGAAUUUGCUCGUUCAGCUAACGGAAGAAAUCCUCUCGGAGGAUUUCAAAUUGAGCAAACUGCAGGUGAAGAAAAUAAUGCAAUUCAUUAAUGGCUGGAGGCCCAAAAUCUAG